AUGAACGGAUCUCCGGAUCCGUUGGAUUCGUUUCCUCGCUUACGUGUUCGCCAAUCGGACGCCACGUCUCGCCGUUCAUCAUCCUUCGGCGCCGAUUCCGAGUUGGAACGUUACUGUAGCGCUAACUCGGUGAUGGGAACACCGAACACCAGUAUGAGCAUGUGCAGUGCCGUAACCGUUUUUCAUGAUUUCUCUGAUAUCGAUUUUGGUUCUUCCAGAAGCUUCGAUGAUGGAAUUAAUCGGAAGGAUUUUAGGUUUAGUGGAUUGGAAUUGUACGGUGACGGUGGUGACGACGGUGAUGAGCUAGAGAUUGAUUCGUCGGAGUUGAUUGGAAAUAAACGGAGUGAGGAAUCUGAUGGGAAGGGAAAUGAGGGUGAAGUUGGGGGAAGGGAGAUUGAGAUGGAAGAGGAUGAGGAGUUUUCGGAAGGUGAGGAUUCUAUGUUUAACUAUGGGAGUGGAUGUGAGGGUGAUAAUGAGAAUGAGAAUGAAAAUGAGAAGAAUGAAUUCUAUUCCUCGAGGAGGGUUCGAUUUUACGAGGAGACGGAAGUUCGAAAUGAGAAUCCGUUGUUUAUGAAUUCUUCUGUUGCUUUUGGUUCUCAUGAUUUGGAUGAUUUUUUGAUUGAAAACGGUUCAGUUUCUGUAGAGGAAGAUCUGUUUCAGAAUCCGCGAGAAAAUAAUAAUCGAUUUCAAGAGAAUGAGGUAAGUUCCAGUCAAAAAGAGGAGGGGAGUGAGGUCAUUGUUAAUGAUGAAGUUGAAGAAACAAAAGAUACUGGUGAUCGAGAAGCUUUAGAAGAGGUAAGGGAUAGGGAGAGGAAAAUUCCAGUUGCUUGUUGUGAGGAAGUUCAAGGUGCUGACAAAUUGGUUGGUUGUUUUAAAACGGAUGAUUUGGGUCCGCUGCCAGAAGAAGAUCCUCAGAAGAGUUUGAAUAUCACCGAUGGUGGAAGUGAGGGAAAAGGGAAUGGAAAUGCAAAUGCAAAAUCAUUUGAGAACCUUAAACCAAUUGUGCUACCAUCAAAUGGUGGAACGGGGCAAACAUUAGAGAGGACUUCCACUUCAACAAAUGUAUUAGAAAAAAGUCAUGUGGUAUCUAAGAUAGAGGACCUUGAGCUAAAUGAAUUCUAUGACGAGGUUGUUCAGGACAUGGAAGAAAUUUUACUGGAGUCUAGGGAUUCUCCUGCGGCUAGGUUUUCCAUGGAUGAUGCUUAUCUGCUAGUUCAGCGCCCAAGAAGAAUAGAUAGGAUUGAAGUGGUAGGUGCAAGGCAGAAAACAGGUGAUGUUUCUUUCAGUGAAAGAUUGGUUGGGGUGAAGGAAUACACUGUUUAUAAAAUAAAAGUGUGGGGUGGCAAGGAUCAGUGGGAGGUUGAAAAGCGAUACCGUGAUUUCUUAACUCUUCACCGUUGUAUGAAAACCUUAUUCAACGAGCAAGGCUGGACUUUACCUUUGCCUUGGUCUUCUGUUGAAAAGGAAUCAAAGAUAUUUAGAAGUGCAUCUCUUGAUAUUAUUGCGAAGAGAAGUGUUCUCAUUCAAGAGUGUCUACAGUCUAUUCUCUCUUCCAGGUUCUUCUCAAAUCCUCCAAGAGCACUAGUUUGGUUUUUAUCCCCUGAAGAUUCACAUCUUAGUUCACCCGUGUCAAAUUCACCAGUGUCUCUCUCUUCUUUUACAAGAGGGGAAAGCAUUCGAAACUUUUCCACGUGGGGGAAGACCAUAUCACUUAUUGUUGAAAUCCCAUCAAAUAAAUCAACGAGGCAGCUUUUAGAGGCCCAACAUCACAGAUGCGCUGGAUGCCAUAAGCAUUUUGAUGAUGGAAAUAAUUCAAUUUGGGAUUUUGUACAAACAUUUGGAUGGGGGAAGGCUCGACUUUGUGAAUAUACUGGUCAACUGUUCUGUUCUUCUUGCCAUACAAAUGAGACUGCAGUCUUGCCAGCAAGGGUUUUACACCACUGGGAUUUCACUCAUUAUCCUGUAUCUCAGCUGGCAAAGUCAUAUCUGGAUUCUAUACAUGAACAUCCCAUGCUAUGUGUCACCGCCGUUAAUCCCUUCCUUUUGUCAAAGGUCCCAGCCUUGCUUCAUGUUAUGAAUGUCAGGAAAAAGAUAGGAACGAUGCUUCCAUAUGUUCGCUGCCCAUUCCGGAGAUCUAUCAACAGAGGUGUUGGAAAUCGGAAAUAUCUUCUUGAAAGCAAUGAUUUUUUUGCUCUUAGAGAUUUGAUUGAUCUUUCCAAAGGAGUCUUUGCUGCACUUCCUGUGAUGGUGGAAACUGUGUCGAGGAAAAUCCUGGAACACAUUACUGAUCAAUGCCUUGUAUGCUGUGAUGUGGGAAACCCGUGUAGUGCCCGACAAGAUUGCAGUGACCCAUCCUCCCUCAUUUUUCCAUUUCAGGAAGAUGAUAUUGAAAGGUGCAAAUCUUGUCAGUCAGUUUUCCAUAAGCCUUGCUUUAAAAAGCUUGUAAGUUGUCCUUGUGGGGAACAGCUCGGACUGAACAAGACAAGGCGUUUAAGUAACAGAGCAAGCCAGUGGGGAGGUUUAGGCAAGGGACUGAGUUCCGGGCUGUCACCUAAGUUUCUCUCUGGAUUAUUUUCGAAAGAAAGGCCUGAGAAAACAAGGGAGCAUCAAAGCGAAAAUACCAUCUUAAUGGGUUCCUUACCAGGCAAUUCUUUGUGA